AUGAGUUCUGAGCCCUACUCCGUGCAUUCGGGCAAGGAGGUGACCAGGUCGCCAGAACCUCCACAGGCGUAUCACGAGGGAUUGGAGGUAUCACCACAGCAGCACUACCAACAACCCCGAUAUGACGGGAAUUACGCGCUCCCGGGGGCCCCCGCCCCGAAACCAGAACGUACGAUAUUUGGCAUGCGGAGGGCGACAUUCUUUCUCUCAGUAGCGCUUCUUGUGGUCAUCAUUGGGGCGGCCGUAGGGGGUGGAGUCGGCGGCUCAUUGGCAGCCAAGAACAACUCUACUUGCGCCCCAUGUUCCUCGGGUAGCAAUACCGUCUCGGUCACGACCGUCACAGCGACAGCAGCUUCAACCCCAACAGGCACGUCAUCAUCGGUCCUAUCGGUACCAACCGGCGUCGUGGCGCUCGACUGUCCAUCUCUUACGAAUCAGGAUCAAGUGAUUUCACUCGCUAGCCAAUCGUGGACAUUUAAACCGACCUGUGGGACCAACUACAUCGGAGCUGACAUUACCGCCAUAAUCGUCUACAGCUUCCGAGACUGUCUGCAGGGCUGCGCGGCCAUGAAUUAUUUUUCGGGCAACGCGACGUGUGCCGCUGUCACUUUCAAUGCCAAUCAGACGCUUGAGAUACCCAAGGACUAUGGCAACUGCUGGCUCAAGACGGGAAGCGGGCAGGUUGACGUGGGAUCGAGUAAUUAUAUCAUAAGCGCAACCCUCACGUCUUCGACCUAG